GCUCCCAAUUUGCGUUCCCACAACCACUAAAUUUCUUCCCUUUCUCUUCCAUUUGGGCGGCUUUUCUUGUCCCUCCUCUGUCCCCUCCCUCCGUCUUCCCUUUGCCCUCACUCUGCCCCCUUUUCCACCGACAAUCCCAUCCCAAUCCCCUGUUUUCCUCACCUCCUUAUCUAUAAGAUUUCACUCCUCACCGGAAGAACAAACCAGCAAAAACCCCUUUUCUCUUCUUCUUCUUCCUCCUUCCCAAACCCAGAAACAAAUGGAAUCCAAGCCUGCGUUUCAGACCGAUCUCAACCUCGAAGCCACCGAGCUUCGUCUCGGACUUCCCGGAAUCGCCACUGAAACAGACGACUCCCCGGAGAACUCAUCCGGGCUUAAAACUAAUAACAAGAGAAAUUUACAGAAUGACUCUGCUCCUCCCCCAAAGGCUCAGGUUGUUGGGUGGCCGCCGGUUAGAUCUUUCCGGAAAAAUACUCUUCAGAUGAAGAAACCAGCGACGGCGACGGCGGCGGACUACGGCGGAGGAUUCUUCGUGAAAGUGAGUAUGGAUGGCGCUCCUUAUUUGAGGAAGAUCGAUUUGGGUCUCUACAAAGGCUACCCAGAACUUCUCAAGGCCUUGGAAGACAUGUUCAAGUUCACCAUCGGUCAGUACUCUGAGAGGGAAGGGUACAAGGGAUCUGAUUUUUCGCUAACAUACGAAGAUAAAGAUGGGGAUUGGAUGCUCGUCGGCGAUGUUCCAUGGCAAAUGUUCAUUUCAUCUUGUAAGAGGAUGAGAAUCAUGAAAGGAUCGGACGGUUGUGAUGUAUGAAAAAUCAAUCCCAGCAAGGCUUUCUGGAAAAAAAAACUGAUUUUCUCGGGAAAAUUUCUGUUUGGUUUCUCGGAAAAGAAAAUCUGAUCCGUCGGGGAAAUUUUCCGGCGACGGAAAAGGAACUCUCGCCGGAGUAAAUAUAUAUAUAUAUAUAUAUAUUUUUUUGGGUGAGAAUUCGAUGAAAUUUUUGUAGAAUAAAUUUUGUUGCGGAAAUGAAAUUGUAAAUAUUAUAUACCGAAGACUCUUCAUUUUCGAAUAAAUUAAUGUUUGUUUGA